GUGACAGCUUGUUACUACAAAAACAAUAUACUCCUUGCUCCAGCACCUCUAAUAUUGGAAGUGAUGUACUUGGACAAGGUCAGGACUAUGUCAGAUCAUUAUUCUCUGGGUCCAAGAAGACUGGUGCAGAUGCUUCGCCAAUGGAAAAAGUAGAAAGGCAACCUAUUCCAUCUGAAUAUUACAACUCUUCAGCAUCCAGUGCUGUUGGGAACCUUAAAGUAGUUGAAGUUCAUUCAGGUGGCCAUUAUGUGAAGAUUCUAAACACAUCUCAAGAUAAAGAAGAGGAGAUUGGAAACCAUACACUCCAGCAGAACCUCAAUGGGCACCCAAUAGCAGUUUACAAAUUCCCUCCAAGGAUCAGAAUGAUGGCCAACACUUCAUUAAUAGUGUGGGCUGCUUGUUCUAAAAUGCCGCAUAAGCCUCCAACUGACUACCUCUGGAAGGAUAUGGAGAAAUUUAAGCCAGGACCAGCAUGCACCACAAUCCUUUGCAAUCCUACUGGGCAGGCUGUCGCUUGGUACACUCCCAUAAACUGGAACCAAAAGCAAACAAAGGAAGAUGAAGAAAACAGUAAAAUCAGUAACAACCUUACACAGCCCAUUAGUGGAGUUCAACAGCAGCAAGACCGGUGGGAAACUAGGGCAUUUGACUCAUGGCGAGGAAGUGACACUCAAAGUAAUACAAAGGGGAAUGAACCAGAAUUUAUUUCAAGAGAAGAAAAGAUACUGCCCACCCUGUUCCCUGUUCAAAAUCCUUGGUGUCGUAGUCCAAACUCAUCCACACAUCCUCACUAUGUUCAGGAAAGAUAUAUAGCCUUGGGCGACAAGAGCCACAUGUACAGCCAAACCAGAUCACAGCCAGUACGACCGGGUCCAGAUCCUGACAUUCUCUACAUCGCAAAAGACAGCAGUAAGAGCAAGAGUGCAACAAAGCCAACGCGAUCCAUAGGGCCUAAUUUAGGAGGAGUGAUUUAUGUCGGCUCAGCAGCACCCACUGGAUCUGCUUUACAGAAGUAUUUUGCCCAUUCAUCUUACCACUUCAGUCUCCUGGCCCAAGCAUCUCUUUAUGCCCAUUAACUUUCCCUGGCAUCUCACAGAGGAUCAAUGAAUAGAACUGGGUUACUUUCAACGCACUCUGCGGCAAAAAUAGUUUGGUGAUUCAUUGCUCCAGGAAAAGGCAGCUUGGAUCUUCAGAGCCACGUUCAGUUUGAUUUCUCUGUAAAUCUGUGUGUGUCAGAAGGCAGCUUGAAUUACUUCUCUCAGCAGUGAAUUUAUCAUUACUAUUAGGAAUUGAUAACAACUGAUACAACUAUUGAUGCAAAAUAUAAGGCCAGAACUAGAUACAUCUUAGCAUCCUAGUGAUUUCUUUGAGGCUUUAACAGUACCUUUGGUUCACAGUUCCAACCGUAAAUAUAAUUAAUUCACACAUGUGAUUAACAUAAAACUGCAUGACUCUUAGGCCUGCAAUUCUACAC